GAGCCUACACCCUUCGCGCUCCCUUGUGGCUUGUGCAACUCUCGGAGGAACCGACGCCGAAAGCCCUAAGGAGGAGAGGCGUGUCCUCAGAACGAGAGUCCCCAUUGGCUUCACUGCUGGCAGAGGGUUAGAUGGUGCAGCCGCUCUUGUUGUUCAUUCGUCCGAUGAUUCCAUGGGGUGGGACUUGGCUGGGCCUAAAUUUGAUCCGCGGUCCGGGACCGGUUUCUGGGCAAAGCUGCCAUGAGUUCCCGGGGCCGCGGGCGGCCCCGGCUACGGCUCGGGGAACGCGGCCUCUUGCAGACACCCACGCCCCCCAGUCGCCGCCUGCUACCGCGGGCGCGGCUGUUGCCCCUGCUGCUGCUGGUGCUGGCCCUGGCCUCGGCGUUCUACACCGUCUGGAGCGGCUGGCACCACCACCGGAGUGAGGAGCUGCCUCCGGGUCCGGAUCUGCGGGGCCAGUUGAUCGGAAGCCUCCCCGAAGCCCGAAUGCGGAGGGUGGUGGGGCAACUGGACCCACAGCGUCUCUGGAACACGUAUCUGCGCCCCCUGCUGGUUGUAAGGACUCCUGGCAGCCCAGGCAAUCUCCAAGUCAGAAAGUUCCUGGAGACCACUUUACGGGCGCUGACGGCAGGCUGGCACGUGGAGCUGGAUGCCUUCACAGCCUCGACGCCCCUGGGGCUCCUGAACUUUGCCAACGUGGUGGCCACGCUGGACCCUGGGGCUGCCCGUCACCUCACCCUUGCCUGCCAUUAUGACUCGAAGUUCUUCCCAUCUGAGUCGGCCCCCUUUGUGGGGGCUACGGAUUCAGCUGUGCCCUGCGCCCUGCUGCUGGAGCUGGCCCGGGCCCUCGACCAGGAGCUGAGCAGAGCCAAGGGUCGGGCAGCCCCGGUGACCUUGCAGCUGCUCUUCUUGGACGGCGAAGAGGCGCUGAAGGAGUGGGGACCCAAGGACUCCCUCUACGGCUCCCGGCACCUGGCCCAGCUCAUGGAGUCUGCACCCCACAGUCCGGGCCCUACCAGGAUCCAGGCUAUAGAGCUCUUUGUGCUGCUGGAUCUCCUGGGAGCCCCCCAUCCAACCUUCUACAGUCACUUCCCUCACUCAGCCCGCUGGUUCCAUCGGCUGAAAAGCAUCGAGAAGCGCCUGCACCGGUUGAACCUGCUGCAGUCUCAUCCUCAGGAAGUGAUGUACUUCCAGCCCGGGGAGCCCCCCGGCUCUGUGGAAGAUGACCACAUCCCUUUCCUCCGCCGAGGGGCUGAAUGUGUUGGCACAAAACGUGAAGACCUUUCUUGGACCGGCGCCCGGCACACAAGGAACAUUUAUUUGAGAAUGGGUCCCAGUGCUCCACCUCAUCUCCACGCCCUUCCCCUCUGUCUGGCACACGCCCAACGACUCGGAGGCCAACCUGCACCCACCCACGGUCCACAACCUGAGCCGCAUCCUUGCCGUGUUCCUGGCCGAAUACCUGGGACUCUAGCCUGCCGGGCUGACCUUGAAGGAGAAGCGUCCAGCAGGGCCUGUGGCAAGGACACCCAGAGCCAGCAGAGCUCAGGCUAGCCCACCGUGGGUGUGCUGGCUUGUCCUUUUUAAUACCUUAGGCUCUACUCGUGCUGUGAUCGGAAGACCCUCUUUCCUUUGACCACCUCAAGCUGCCGCUCCCCAAAGACCUAGAAGAGACCGCUGUGGGGUGAAAGCCAAGGGAAUAUGAGGUUGGGCCCUGCCCUGAGGGAGACACUGGUCUGAAGGUUUGCAAGGACCAAGUGCUGUUCUCAGGUUUGAUCGGCAAACCGCGGACCGGCAUGGGGACCAGCAACACCACUGAACCCAACGAAGUCUCUCCGGCCUUUCUCUACGUGGCUGUUCGUUCUCCAGAACGGCAGCCUGGCCAUGGCACUAGUCGGUCCAGACCUAACUCCCACAGAGGACGUGCUGGAAGCAGGAACAGAGAACAGGGAGCCUGUCCUUGGGAUGCUGCAGACCCAGUGGGCAAUGAACUAGUGUUCAUGCAAAAUGUACUCUGCAGAACUAGCCUAGUAGGUGUUGCAUGAAAAAAGACCAAAGAAACCGGGUGAGACCACAUUAAACGAGUUUCUACAUUGCA